UCUCAUCAAGGAAUUAACAAACAACUCAGUUAAGUACAUGAAAAUGACGAUACUAUGCAUGUAUUACCUCAGUUCGGGAAACACUGAAGCCUAUGCUGAAGACUGAAGAAUGGAGAUAUAGAGAACGUACCGGACGAGACGACACUGGUAUUCGUCAUUCUUUUUAAAUACAUGCUUACUUACUUGUUUGGUUCAAUGGUGGGGUUGCGUGAGACCUUCAGAAUAACACAAUCCGACUCAUGCUCGGAACUCGAUAAUUCUUCCAUCAUAUUCUACAAAAUGGCCGAAGUAUAUGAAGCAGUUGUGAAUGUUUAAGGUGAUUUAGCAGUGUUAAAGCGUAAUAAUGGCGGUAAUAAGUGAAAAUAAUCAAAGUUCCAUAAUUAAUUCAAGUGUGUCAGUUUGUGAAAAUAACGACAAGAAUAUUUUGAACCCUUCACUCGCUAUUUGUGCAAAAGUUGACUUUCAAGGGCUGAAAUUUAAAGGCGGAACAUCAGAUUUGAUGUUUUGUAAAACUGUUGCGAAUAUCGACAGAUGCUGUAAACGAAGAAGAUUGUGUUACUGAAAAAGGGGACAUUCGUAGCGGGAAAAAUGUUUGCAAGUAAAUUUUCAAACAAUAGGCGCUUCAUGGCCCCACGAGGCGAGUUCUGUAAACCGUGUAAUAUUCAUUAUUAUUAUUAUUGCAAUCCGGAAUACGCGGACAUGGACAGACAGAACAUUAUCGCUUUCAAUUUCACGAAUAAAAUGAAUUUGACAAGCAAUAUUUUGACAAACAAAUAUUUCAGUCAAAAAGCAUGUAACCAGAAUUUCGGCGAAGGCCUGAAAGAUUUUGUAGUAGGGCCUUCAUUAGACGCAACAAAUGCGUAUACCAAUUUUUCAAAUGCCCGAAUUGGUCAUUUUCAUCCUACAAACAUGCAGCCUGUUGAUGGAAAUGCACAUAAAAUAUCAGAUAUGUACACAUAUUUGAUUGAUCUUAUUAAAAGUUUCUUCUCAUCAUGGAAGGGUCCUGAUGAACAAGAACAAAAUCUGGGAAUGAUUGAAUGUUCUACUCAUGAAGCUGAUAACUCUUACAACAAAAACAAUAGCAUUCAAAAAGACAUCCAUGACUGUGAUUUGGUAACUAAUGAAGAAUCCCACUGUAUUGUAACAAAGAAUGUUAAUGAGAGCAUAGAAAAUAGUACAAAAAAUAGAAAAACCUGCUGUGAUACUGCUGAUAGAAGCACAUUAAAUUCAAUUAAGCCUUGUCUAAAAAUGAAAACUGAAGGGAAAUAUAAAACAAUGGAUGAUUAUGAUCUGGGCAGUUCUAAAUAUUCCAGAGAAGUCAACAGGCUGAACAGUUUAAAAAAGAAAAAACAAAGAAGGAUGGCUGCCCAGGAGAGGAAAAAACAUUACAACAGAGACACAAAUAGGAGAUGGCAACAUAAUAAAGACUGGAACAGAAACAAAAUAGACAUAAAAGAUGACUUGGAUGAGGUCACAACAAAAAAUUGUAAAAGUGAAAAUAGAGACUGUUAUGAUGAUGAUUUCUUAAAUUCAGAAAAGUUGGUAUUUUUGGAAAACUGUAGAAAUAUUGCCCAUUCAUCACCCACUCUUAAAAGCAGCAUGCCAUUAGUGAUAAACACAAAUUCCCUAGUAGUCACAGCUGACCAAACUCUCAGUUCUUCACUUGAGGAUUCACAUCCAGUUAGAUUUAGGAAUGUAUCAGAAUGUGAAAGUGAAGACAGUUUUAUUGUCUUUGCUAAAGAUGAUAAUGUAUGUGAUGAUGAAAGUGAAUUUGAUGAUGGAGAAUCUAUAUGUAUCUUCUUUGAAGAUGACACCACUGAAGAUGAAGAGGAAAUUCAAAAAAGUCAAAUUACUAAUAGAAAAAAAGUUAGUUUUGCCAGUGACAAACAUUUAUGUAAGGUGCAUCAUAUGGUAAAAUGGUCGUAUGCAUACCAAGCGGCGCGUAAAGGGCCCUGGGAAGAAUGCGCAAGAGAUAGAGAGAGGUUCAUGUUGAGAAUAAGGAAUUUGGAGCCCGAACUGAGUAAAGUGUUCGAUCCGAAAUUGAGAAAACGAAUUUAUAACGAAAGAUUUGCCGCCAACGUCCCUAAAAGAAAAAGUAUGGCGUCGAAAGUGAAAUGUAGAAAGCCCCUUAAAUAAAG